AUGGUGCUGUAGUAUGUCCUGGGUGGCCUGUAGAGACAGAGUAAUAUAUAUGGCAAGCAAAUGAUGGAGAUCCAAGUUCUUUGUCUCUUCAGUGUAGAGACAACAGACCAGAAUCUGCAAGGGCUGCCUGGAAAGCAGCUGUGCAACAUGACAUUUGAAGAUUUUGAGAACUACUCUUAUUUCUAUGACCUGCCUGAGGAAGAUGAAUCACCCCAGUCCUCCCUCAGCAUUGCCCAUAUAAUUUCCCUUUCCUUUUACAGUGUGGCAUUUCUGCUGGGAGUGCCAGGCAAUGCCAUUGUGAUCUGGUUUAUGGGCUUUAAGUGGGAUAAAUCUGUUUCUACACUCUGGUUCCUCAAUCUGGCUGUUGCAGAUUUCAUUUUUGUUCUCUUCCUGCCUCUAUAUAUUACAUACGUGGCCAUGGGCUUCCACUGGCCUUUUGGGAAGUGGCUCUGCAAAAUGAACUCAUUCAUUGCACUGCUUAAUAUGUUUGCCAGUGUUUUCUUCCUGACAUUUAUCAGUCUUGACCGCUAUAUCCGCCUGGUCCACCCAGUCUUUUCCUACAAGUACAGGACUGUAAGGAACACUCUCAUUCUUAGUGGCAUCAUUUGGAUGUCAGCUGCAAUUAUCGGUGGCCCUGCCUUGUACUUUAGAGACACAGCUACAGUCCUCAACAAUGUCACGAUUUGCUACAACAACUUCCAUGUGCAUGACAGAGAACUUAUUUUGCUGACACAUCACAUUCUCAUUUGGGUGAGGCUUGCAUUUGGUUACCUCUUUCCUCUAGUGACCAUGGUCAUCUGCUACUCAUUGCUGAUUGUCAAGGUGAAGAGGAGAACUGUACUGACUUCCAGCAGGCUUUUCUGGACCAUCAUUGCUGUAGUUGUAGCUUUUUUUGUUUGCUGGACACCGUAUCACAUAUUCAGCAUUGUGGAGCUGUCUGCUCACCACAAUGAAAAUCUGCAUGACUUACUGCAGGAUGGCAUUCCCCUCUCUACUGGCCUUGGGUUUAUCAACAGUUGCCUCAAUCCUAUCCUCUAUGUUCUGAUUAGCAAAAAGUUCCAGGCCCAGGUCAAGACAACAGUCUCUGAGGUGCUAAAAUUGGCACUGUGGGAGGUGAGCCGCUCAGGAACUGUCAGUGAGCAGCUCUGGAGCUCGGACAACGCCCACACCCCUGUGCACUAUUGUGAAACUGCUCAGUGA